AUGUACAGGAGACACGAUCCAUUAGCACCAGAGCCCCUAGACUUCCACAAGACCUCCAUCGAGUUCGACCCAACCUGCGACCUAGUCGUCGUGUUUCCAGUACCGUUACAAGUUGAAGAAUCAGCCUUACGCACCUUGGGUCGAAUCGGAGAGUACUGUAUGCUCACCAGAGGGAAAGCGCGGAAAAUGAUACCAGAAAAAGAGGAGUUGGAACAAGGGCUGGUCCCAGAGGAAGAAAUACCAACAAGUUCUUCGAGAAGUACCAUUUCACAUGAUCUCACUUCUACUACCACUACCCCAGAUCCGCUAAAUGAAUUAUCGCAGCAGUUGUCACAAUUGUUAGCCAUUAUGACGAUGCAACAAAAGGAACAAAAUGCAUUAAGAGAAGAACUGGCUACGAUGAAAGCUGACCGACAGAACCAACAGAUACUCACAUCGAAAGGGGCAAGUUUGAUCGAAGUCGAAGAAAACAAGCCGUGUUUGGAGCCAAAACUUACCAACAACGAACGAACAGGAAGAACCAGGUGUGCGGAUCCGCCUACCUUCAGUGGAGAACGAGGAGAAUUGGACAACUUCCUUGCAGCAUGUCACAUGAACUUCGAAUUCAAAGGGGCAGAGUACGCCACCGAUCGCAGAAAGAUCCUGUUCAUGUACGGGUAUCUUCGAGGCACCCCUCAAAUGCUUAUAACCCCGGCCAUAACCAAUCCAAUGGUAGUGGUAAAUAACACCGAUCCUCGAACCAAAUCGGACUGA